GACCAGGAUCAUCAGGAAUGAUAAUUCUAUUGGGAAUGAAAUUUGGUAACCCAGAAGUAACAUUACUUGCAGAACAAGUACAACGAAUAACAGUUGCAGCAAAACAUAAAGUACCACAAAAUAAACAAGAAAAAAAAUUAAAUCAAUUAUAUUUGGAAGCAGCUCAAAGAGAAAUAAAUCAAUUUAGAGAACAAGUAAUAGGAAAAGAUAAUACUAAAAAAGACAAGAAAGACAAAGCUAAAAGCUUAAACAUUACUUUUAAUCAACAAAGGGAAAGCAAAAAACAAGAAGAUCAAAGAAUUAAAACUGGAUUAAGACAGCUAAAACAACGAUUAAACAGUAUAGAAACAAAUUAUAAAUAUGUUUUCCAAUUAUCAAGACAACAAACUAAUGAACAUAUUCAGAAAAUUGAAAGGGUCACAAACAGAAAAAUAUUAGAAGCAGAAACAGCUGAAGACAAAAAAGCUUACCUAUACAAAACAAUAUCUUCAUUAACAGAAACAAAAGAUGCUAUUCUCUGGAAGAAUAGAGAUCUAAUAAAAGAUCUAGAAGAAGAAUAUGGGUAUGCAACUAAUCAAGCAUUAAACUUAGACAGAAAAGAUUUUGAAGCAAUGCAAGAAAGAAGAACAAAUGUUCUAAGAACAACAAAAAGCCAGAAGACAAGGCCUAGAAGACAAGGCCUAGAGUUACCAGAAAUAUUACCACCAAAAAAUCCAUAUUAUGAAGAAUAUAAACCAACAAUAAAUGAACCAUAA